AUGCAGAGCAUGUCGUCGUACGACACGGGGGCGGAGUCCUCGGAUCUGAGCUCGUUCAGCCUGAAGGGGAAAUCGUCAUCCAAGGGGAAGGGCGAGCAGAACGGGAAGGAAAAAAAUGUGAAAAAAAAUAGCAGCGUAGAGUACAGUGAGGAGACAGAAACAAAAAAGAAAAACGAACAGAAGAAGAAAACUGAGCACAAGGAUAAGAAAAGCCUGAUGAGUAAUACCCAAGGGAGGAAUGCAAAAAGUGCAAAACAGAGUGACAGUCGGAAAAACCCAUUGGACAUGUACAGAAGCAAAUUAAAGUUCCUAACGGACAACAUAAUCCUUAUUGGGAUUAUCUUAUCCUUUAUGACACUGAUCACGUUUAAAUAUAUGGAGGAGAAGUAUUCCCUAGAGACAUACUUAGAAGAUGGAGACUCCUUUGAUUAUUACGAGGUGUUAAAAUGCAAAAGAGGAGACAGCAUAAGUAAGAUCAAGAAGAAUUAUCGUGAUUUAUCAAAAAUGUACCACCCAGAUAGUAACAAGGAUUGCAAAGACUGUGACAAAAAGUUCAGAGAAAUUACCCAGGCAUACAAAACCUUGUCUGAUCCGAGAUUGAAGAAGGCAUAUGAUCAUUCGAAAGGGAAGGUAUUAAAGCUGAUUGAAUCAAACAGUAUCAAUUUGACGACAAGGAAUUUCAACGAUGUGGUAGAAAACUCGAAUGACUACUGGAUUAUUCAGAUUUACUCCGACACGGAUAACCUAAGUUUGAAUUUCUCCAAAAUUUGGGAAGAAGCAUUUGACAUGUAUCACGAGUAUAUAUCCUUUGGACGGAUAAACAUAUUGACAGACAAGAAGCUAGUUAAGAGUAAAGUACCUUUUAAUGUCAAGAUCUUUCCCACCAUUUUUAUUCUCGCUCCAGAUGGGACCUACGAACUGUAUUCAAACAUCUUCAACGCCACGUCGAAAGAUUUCCAGUCAUAUAUUGUUAAUAAUUAUCCUAGCUUAAUUUAUAACGUGCACGAUUUUAACAAGGCGUAUUCCUCCCUCAUGAAGAGGAAUGAUCCUGUUAGUAAAAUUGGAUCCUCUCAUAUUGACAAAAACAAUAAAGUGCUUCUCCUGUCCAAUAAAAAUAAGUUAAGUCUCCAAGUGAAGCAUAUCACAUUCAAGUUUAGCAACAUCUACACCACCUACGCGAUUCGCUACAACCAAAUUGACCAUUUAACCAAUGAGGCACUGAAAAAAGAAAUCAUCGAUGCCCUUAAAGUACUCAGUGUUAAAAAGAAUGACUACAUCAAGGAGAACGAAAAUAUCGAUUACUUCCUUUUGGUUAAUAAUAAAGCACAAGUGAAGAUCAUCAGACGAAUUUCCUCCACGAAUAUUAAAAAUGUAUAUAAAGAUGCCCUGAAGAAGAAUCUGGUAGAAAUUAACGCUACCAAUGUUGACUCGGUUUGCUCCACCGUGGGGUCCAGACACACCUACUGUUACGUUACCAUCAUCGAUAAGCUGAAUAACGAAGAUACACUAAAUUCACUGAAAAAAAUUUACCAACAUGUGAAUACCUCCUACGCUAGUUUCACUUCCAAGUUGGGGUCAGACGAGAUUGACAGCCACAUGUUCAUUCAACCGGUCUACUUACUAAAAUCUAAUAUGACAAAAAAUUUCCUCAAUUUUGUUAAAGACAAAUCUGUCAAUACGUAUGAGUCCUUUUUUCUGGACUACUCUUCGAAUACCUUCGCCACAGUGAACGAAAUAAAAAAUUUAAGUAACUACUCCCAGAAGAAGGAAGAUGUUUCUUUUCUUUCCAACAUUUACAAAGACAUCGAAAUUUUGACAUUUCAGAAAAUCCCAAAGUAUUGCCUCCCCAUGGGGGUUAACUGUCUCUAUAACCCUAAGAAAACCUUUUCCUAUCAACUGUAUACCAUUUUCAAGAGGACCUCCAAAAUGCAGGUCAUCCUUUCUGCCGUCGUGGGUUUCGUCCUUUACCCCUCUUUUAAGCAGUACGGAAAAUUGAGAUACGCCUGGCUGGCCGCCUCCGUCGGCGCCACGCUCCUCGUCACCAACGUCAAGGAUUUUCUGCUCCUCCUCGCGAGUUAG